UCAUUCCAAGUACAGCCAUUUGUGGAAUUUAACCUUGAUAAUUGAUUAAACUUCAUAUUCUAAGGGAAUGUUUUUCAGACCAAAAUAGUGCUGUAAUAUUCACUGCAUUGAUCUGCAAUAUUAAGUGUAUGUGGAGUUUUACCAGGGAGGUCUUACUCUGUCACAUUCUAGUAGGUACUUGUACUAUUCAGCCCACUAUCUGAUCAAGUGCGGUUUCCUCUGUGCUCCAUUUAUCCAGGGAGGCUAAACAGUAAUCCACCUAAUGGAAGGAGAUCAACGUUACUUGCAAUGCUAUGCAAUAAGUCAGGAAAAAGCCAGGAAGGUGUUGAACCAAAGAGCGUCAUCCAAUAAGUAUAAUCAUUGGUCCUUGUAUAACUUCGAUUGGGAUGAAUACAUGACAAAGACCGGCUCUAUUGCCGCACCUCAGGCUUGCUUCAAACAGGCCCUGGUGCCACCGCAGAAUGACUUCAAAGUUGGCAUGAAGCUGGAGGCACAAGACCCUAGGAAUUUCACCUCUGUAUGCAUUGCCACCGUUGUGGGCCUACAGGGUCCUAGGCUUCGUUUACGGCUGGACGGUGGGGAUGAUAAGAAUGACUUCUGGCGACUUGUUGACUCGACGGAUAUCAAGACAGUCGGGUAUUGUGAGAAACAUGAUGGGAUGUUGCAACCUCCUUUAGGUUUUCGUAUGAAUGCUUCUUUCUGGCCGAUGUUUCUUCUGAGGACGUUGAAUGGAGCAGAGAUGGCACCUGCUAAGUUCUUCAAGAAGGAACCACCAACACCAAAAGAAAACAUGUUCAAAGUUGGUAUGAAGAUUGAGGCUGUAGAUCGUAAGAAUCCGCACUUAAUUUGCCCAGCAACCAUCGGUUCAGUUAAGGACACAACGCUGUUUAUAAAUUUUGAUGGAUGGAGAGGAGCCUUUGACUAUCAAUGCGAGUAUGACUCUAGAGAUAUCUUCCCUGUUGGUUGGUGCGCCCUCACAGGUCAUCCACUACAAAUGAUAGGGAACAAAGGCCAGCCAAAGAUGAGGAGGGCCAGUAGUACUAGUAGUAGUAAUAACAACAAUAUAGAGCGCCCUCUAUCAGUCAGUCCAGCCUCUACACCUACACUGAUUCCUCCAGUUAGUCCAGCCAGAAGCACGGGGAAGCCAGAACCGGAUACAAGCACACAGCAGCUACCAUUGGUGACUGUUUUUGUGAACAAUAGUUGUAAUAGUGGGUCAUAUUUGAAUCCUCAAAAGAAGGGACUUCCCCCCAGGAUUGGAAUAGGACCUAUUGACAAAGUAUUCAAGUCAGUACUGCAGAUGUGUGUGAAUUGUGCUAAUCAACAGAAGAAGGUGUUUUCAUUGUUCAAGCAAGAGCAUGGGGGUACCAUCCAAAUCACAGCAACGUAUGAUGGUCAAGCCCACAGUACGCAGGUACGUGCUCCUGACACAUUGCACUCGUUUUGGAACAUGGUUGAAAAGCUGUGUGUGGACCUGCAAUGUUGUGGUAAUUUUUUAACAGCGAAACCUCUCCAGAGUUCCUGUCCAAAGUGCUCAAAGCAAGACCUUCUUCUGGAGCAAUCAAGUAGCUCAUUGUCAGCUGGAGGAAGCAAUAAGUCAAAAAGAAGAUGGUCUUCAGAAUCAGGCCAGCAACUUGAAAGGGAAUCCACCAAGCCCAAAGUCAACAAAAAGAUUAAAACAGAAGCUGCAAGUUCAACGACAUCAUUAACUCCUGAAGUGAAGCCAGAGACCAAACCUCGCAGUUCGGAUCCAACACAGUGGUCUAUCGAUGAUGUCAUACAAUUUGUCUCGGAUGUUGAUCCGGCUCUUGCAAGGUUCAGCGACCACUUCAAAAAACAUGAGAUUGAUGGCAAGGCCUUCUUUCUUCUGAACAGUGAGAUGAUGAUGAAGUACAUGGGACUCAAGCUGGGACCAGCUGUCAAACUCAGCAACCUAGUGGAGAAGCUUAAAGCCAAGAAACUGUAGCUGAUUAGAACUUAAGGUAGCCUCACAAGAGCCUUCUCUUCAGAUAUAAGUAUUUUGUGAAAGGGGGUCAUCCAUCCAUAUUUUCAUCAUUUUCUUGAGUGUAUAAAACAUACAUGCAAGGGGAAAGUAGAAAAUGUGUGUACACGUUUAUAUUAUGAAGUAUAAAUAACAAUCUCUCAUGUUAAAUUGUUCAGUGUUAGCUAUAAAAAAUCUGUUCUGAUAUCUGAUUAAAUGAAUACUACACAGCAAUAAUUAAACAUACAGACAUUAUAUGAUGUUAACAAUUUAGACACUAUGCCACAUUUUGCUGUGUGUACUAAGAAAAUGAUUAAAAAAUUGAAGACCUUAAUCAAUUCAAAGUAUUAUUUUAUGCUCCUGAGACUUGUACACCACAUAAUCCUAAAUUCUCUUCCCAAAAUUCAGUUUUACGGAUUCAACGAUGUUGAAAUCUAUGCUGAUUCCAUUGGUAAAAUAUGAAAAUGUUAAAUCUAAUUGUGAUUUCAAAGAACCUUUUAUUAUAUGCCAAUCAUAGAUCACUUCGUAAAUUACCCAAUCAGAUAAAAGUUUCACCCUCUACCUUACAAUAAAUGUAUUAUGUACUAGUAAAGUGCACAUUCAAAUAACAGGGUGUAUACAUCUUGAAUUCAAAGAUAUUGCUAUUAGAUACGACCAAAGAGGGUGUUAAAGAGGAUAUGUCAACAUGUUAUUAUGUUUUAAUUACACAAAACUGGUCCCAAAAGUCCUUACUAGAAUGUCCAUAUAUUGUAAUGAAGGAUGGGUAACACUGAAUUUCUUGGUUUGGGUGGGAUAAUCAGUAUAACACCUUGGUGUGAAUAAUAGGUGCAUGGAAAUGCUCCAGAGAGGCCUUAAGUUGCCAUAUAAUGAAUAUGGGUAGAGGGCGCUGUUGAUAAUUCUUGAGCUGUGUAUGGAUAUGUAUAUAUUUUGAAAUCUCCCGGGGGUUUUAUUCCUGUACAAUUUUUAUGAUGUGUGCUUUUUGAAAAGAGAGUGUACAGUGUAAGUAUAUGAAGAAAGUGUGUGUGUAGUUUUGUUUUGUUUUUUUUUUCGUAAAAGUGGUUUUGCUAUGAUAAAUAUUAGCUUGUGCUUGCAAAGAUCUGGACAUUUUCUUUGUUAGAUAUAAUUUAGCUUUUUAUUUUUUAUUGUGUUAAUUUUCCAUUGUGUUGAUGGGGACCAGUCAUAGUUGUAAUUUUGUUAAGACCAACUCGGACAGUGUUGUGAUACGCAGCCCGACACGAUUUGUUGUCAUGUCAGGUCUGUGCGAGUUCAACACAGACGCGAUGGUCUGCGUCAGGGGCAGUCGCGUCGUAGAAUAUUGAACAUGUUUAAUUUUCUCACGACAGCUUAAGACUGUCCCCAACGAUGAAUUGCGUUGGGCUGCGUUGUACAACGCUGUCUGAGUUGGCCUUUAUCAAUAUGAUUGUUAACAUUAGAUACAUUUUUUUGUUGGUUAACUCCUCAAAACUUACUGGUUUCCUGAUGUUUUUAUUGUUAUUAUUUAAUGUUAUUUUAUUACACAGUUACAUAACUUGUUUUAUUAUUUUGAUAUCUUUGAUUUAUUUUUAUUAUAGUUAUUACUUAUCUUUAUUGAAUAAGUACUGCAUUUCUUUGUUUUAGCUAUGGUAGACACAUGUCCUUGAUUAUUUUAAUAUAGUACAUAUUCUUUGCCUUGAAAAUUAGGCAGUUAAUGUAUAUAGCCUUUUUAUUGUCUUGAAAAUAAUUAUUGUCUUGAAAAUUGACUACUUAUAAACAAGUUACCAUUCACGGUGUUCAGUUUGAUUGAUAGAUAAAUUUGUUAAAGUGUUACUGAAUUGUCUUCCCCUUCACCCACCAAGCCAGAGCCUCAGUUUUGUCUUCAUGAGUUUGGAUAGGUUGUGUUGGUACAUGAGGCAUGUUGUAGCUAUUUUAUGUGAAACAGUUCUGUUAAUGAAUAUUUUAAAUACCUUAUCAUGUAAGACAUGAUUAUAUCAAAUUUUGUUGUUUGUUCAGAAAAUCUUCAAAUGCUUGUACAAUAUUUGGUGGCAAAUCUUACACAACUUUCAGAACUGCAAUCAUUUGUGUUUAAUAUCUGAAAACAUUGUAUACCACAAAGAAGUAUAAUUUGUUGUUAUUUUGCACCAUGCAAACCUUAACAUAUGAAUAGAUAAUAUAAAUAAUAUCUGGAAAAUUGUAUUCACCCAUAAUUGCCAUCACCUCAAGCUUGGUGGGCAAAUGGUAUAGUGCUGUCCUAAUAACAUGGAGGUAGUGAGUCCGAUUCUUAUCAGGAAUCACAGUUUUUUUUAAAAACAAAUUGUAAAUUUUCUGAGUACUGGAGUCAGAUAUGGGCAAACGCAAGUAGGCCCUUGUUCGGGAACACUUUCAAGUGACAAAUACCAGGAAUUUAUCCAUAUAUGGGUGAGACAUGACAUGGGUGAGACAUGACAUCGCAAUGCCCAUUUACUGUACAGGUAAAUCACCCUCUCUUGUCUUAAAUCCUAAUAGUGUGAACAGGACCUUAGGUUGAAUCUGUUCACAUGAUAUUUUAGCAGUGAUAUGAUACACUUCUCAUUCGCCAAAGAUAAAACAAGUGUAACUGAAUAAAGUGUAUGUGUUUAAUCAAUGAACUUGAUUUAAAUUUAUUGUGGGUUAAAUUAUAAUCUUGUAUUAAAAGAAAACCAUUUAAUUGAACAAAUGUGUUAUAUACAGUAUAUUUAUAAAAACCCCAGUUUUGUUUUUCUGUACUGUCCUGAUAUACAGUAUACACCAUGACAAUAGAAAGUCUCAUGGGGCUGCAGAGUACUACUCCAGUGAUGUCACAUCACCACGCAGGGGUGGAUUUAGAGGGGGCCUGGCCCUGGGCUACCUUUUCGAAAUGAAAAAAAUUAUAAAAAAAAGAAAGAAAUAAAAAGAUAUUAUUGAUCGCCCAAAACGCCUCAGAGGUUAUUUCCGGGCAUUUAGAAAAUAAUAAUUUCCCGGGGAUUUCCCCAGGCCCCCCUAUGGUAGUGUUGUCUCUCGAUCGUGCUCCCUCCCUUUCGGACAUCUCUGGAUCUGCCCCUGUCACUUACCACUUUACCACGUUAGAACUGGAAAAUUGUGUGAUGCUGUGACAUAGCGAGAAUACUCUAUAAGAGCUUCAUUGAUUUAUGGUGUGCUGGUUAUAAAUACAUAAAUGUGCUAUUGAAAAUUUAAAUUGAUUUUCUCAUGAAAUGUGGUUAGUAGUAUAACAAUAAUGAUAAUUUAUUAUAAUAUUUAUUCGGAGUAUUUUGUUUCAUACAAUUAUUACUACUACUUAAUGAUUAUUGUAUUCAAUGUGUUCAAUGUUUCAAUAUCAAUGGCCACUUUUACACAGUGGGUUUUCAACUACUGAAAAAAAAAAAAUAGUUUCUAAUUAAUUUUAUGAAUGAACUAAAACAAUUAAGCUAGUCCUAUUUAUAAGAAAUUUUGGUUAAUGUUCCAUGUUAUAUCCAAGAUUUGAAAUUUCGUCCGUUAAACUUGGGCAUACAAAAAAUGGGAAUAGAAUUAUUUUCAGAAUUAAUGCGACUUCAAAUUUUGUUUUCAAUACAUUUUCAGAAAAUAUCUAUUACUUAUUUUAUGUAUUAUAGUUUAGCAUCCGUUUUUUACAAGUAUUUUGUGCUUUGUAAAAGCAUUGUCGCAGUUGAUGUAUAUAUGCUAAUUACCAUAAUGAAGCUGUACCCUAAAAUAUACAUAGAAAUCAAUUUGUUCAUUUUAUGCCAUCCAAUCUUCGGCAAAUAUUUAACGUUUGUAAAGCCCGCCCUCUUUUAGUGUAUAGAUGAAGCAAACGCAUUUCAGAAUUGCUGAUUUGAAUGAUGGUUGUGAAACAGCGUAUUCCAAUAAAACGAAUUAUUUUCAACAGUUUUGAGAA